CAGAAAUAAAUAAACAAGAAGGUAAAAACUCCGUGGAGGUGACUGCGCGUAUCUGCGGUUUGAGUCCGAGAGGACGGGAGGGCCGGAGAGAGCAGACAAAGGAUAGAUCGUCGUGAGCUUAGAAGGAAUAGAGCUGCAGGUAGUGAAGGACUAUAUCCCUCUUUUUGGUCAAGCUUGGCUGUUAGAACAUUUCGAGGAGUACUUAAACCAGAAAUGGCGAGUACUCAGGAAUCCUCAGAAAUUGGAGCUUCCGGAUCUAUUGACCAAAAAGAACAAAAUGGAAAGAGUGAGCUAGAACUACAUUCAGUGUUCUGGAAUCAAGAUUAUAGUUGCUUUGCUGCUGGUACAAGCUGCGGAUUUCGUAUUUACAACUGUGAUCCUUUCAAGGAAACAUUUAGACGUGAAUUGGGCAUUGGUGGAUUUAAAAUUGUUGAGAUGCUGUUUCGGUGCAACAUUUUGGCACUUGUGGGCAGUGGAAGUAAUUCUCAAUAUCCACCAAACAAAGUUUUGAUAUGGGAUGAUUAUAAAAGUCAAUGCAUUGGUGAAUUUUCAUUUAGGUCUGAGAUUCGAGCUGUAAAACUGAAGCGUGAACACUUUAUUGUUGUCCUCGAGCAUAAAAUAUAUGUGUACACGCUGAUGGAUGUCAAACUUCUUCAUCAGAUUGAAACUGUUACAAAUCCGAGAGGCCUAUGUUGCCUUUCCCACCAUGUAAAUACAUUUGUGCUGGCAUGUCCUGGAGUUCAACGUGGACAGGUCCACGUCGAGCACUUUGGGCUAAAUAUGACGAAGUUAUUUAAUGCUCAUGAUUCUCAUAUUGCAUGCAUGACGUUGACAAUGGAUGGUCUACUUCUUGCAACUGCUAGCACUAAGGGUACUUUGAUAAGAAUUUUCAAUACAUUGGAUGGAAUGCUCUUGCAAGAGGUACGAAGAGGAAUGGAUAGAGCAGAAAUCUUCAGUCUUGCUCUCUCGCCAAAUGUCCAAUGGUUGGCAGCAGCAAGUGAUAAAGGCACGGUUCAUGUUUUCAGUCUUCGAGUGAGAGUUGUUGGCGCAGGUUCAUCUUCUGAUACAAAUGUAAUUCAGGGGAAAACACUGUUCCAGCAAAAUUCUUCUAAUGCACUUGAUACUCUUGUUCCUUUGAAUACUGGUUCAAACCCUAGUUCAUCAUUAUCAUUCAUGAGAGGGGUUUUACCAAGAUACUUCAGUUCAGAAUGGUCGUUUGCUCAGUUCCAUUUGCCUGAGGCGACACAGUAUAUUGCAGCAUUUGGAUCUCAAAACACUAUCAUUGUUGUUGGCAUGGAUGGGAGUUUCUACAAGUGUAGUUUUGAUCCAGUGCGAGGAGGGGAAAUGUUGCAGCAGGAAUGCAUCCGUUUCUUGAAGAUAGAAAUAGGAGCUGAUCGGAUUGAUCUAUAGGCGCUAUGGCUAUGGCUAAGAUGAUCAAUUCUCUUCCCUUGUAAAUAAAAGGCUUGAUAUCUGUCAAUAUUAAUAAUCAUUUGGAGGUGCUACACUUUUUUACGUAUUGAGAAAUUAAUAUGGUGAAUUUGUAUCCCGACAUCGGAUAUGUGAACAUUAACGUACAUGACCCGUUCAUCAUUCAAAGUUGGGAAAUUGCGAAAAGAGAGCACACAAAAUGUAUGCUUCAUGAGCUUAACCGAAA